ACAUCAUCCACGGCCCCUCGGGACUGGAGGGACCCGUGAGCCGGAGCCCAGAAAUCCAGGGGUGGACAAGACAUCGCGUCCCCUCCAAUUCCCGUAAGCACCCCUUAGCCCAUCCUGCGCCCAGAUACCUCAGCUUAGCCCCUCUCCCCCACUCUUUGCACUCCAAACUAAGCCGGGACAGACCUCUGCCGCCGCCGCUCCCCGCGUGAGUCCUGCGCUCCCAGAGCUGCCACCUCCCUGUCCACUGAGGAUCCCCUUCCAGCUUGUCCACCCAGGCAGGGUGAGCCCAGAGGAGGCUCCUGGUCUCAGCUUCUGCACCGACACCGGGGCUACAGGUCAUCACGCCAGCUAGUCAGAACACCAUCUGGAGAAGCUCAGAGACCCCGUCUCCCUUUUCUCUGAGGGACUCUUUUUGGUGACCACAAAAGAAUUUGGUCACUUAGGACAAAGCCGCCAGAGGUGACAGGCCGGCAUUCGCGGUGGAAACAAAGCUAGCUGCGGGCACCCUCCAACAGACCUUGUGUGGUUGUCAGGAGCUCUGGACGACCGGCUGGAGGCCCCACAGAGUCCCUGCAGGCGGUGCCCAGGGUGAUGUACCAACGAUGAGUGGGUGUUUUCCAGUUGCUGGCCUCCGAUGCCUGUCUAGGGGAAGAAGGGUGCGGAGAGGACUCCACACCAACAACCGGGGUCCCUGGGAGCCUCCAGAACGGCCUCGUCCAGAAACCUCCCCAAAGGAGUGACCCGUUGGAAGCUGCUCUUCCCCUCUUUUAAGCUGACCCCGUUAAGUCUCAGUGGCCCCAGAUGAGAGUAGCAGAGACAGGUGCCAAGGACGCCCUCCUGGGGUCCGGAGGAGGAUGGUCUUCUGAGGCCAGACGCCCCGCACAGUUCGCAGAGAGGUCUUGGAUGUGCCAGCGCCUCUGGCCGUGGCCCGCUAACCAGCCUCUCCCCGGCCGGCUCGCGCCGCGCCCCCUCUCGCUUGCUCCCUCCUCCUCCUCCUCCUGCUCCUCUCCCCCCUGCUCCCAGGACGGCGGGAUGGCGGCGCAGGGCGCGCCGCGCUUCCUCCUGACCUUCGACUUCGACGAGACGAUCGUGGACGAAAACAGCGACGACUCGAUCGUGCGCGCCGCGCCGGGCCAGCGGCUGCCCGAGAGCCUGCGGGCCACCUACCGCGAGGGCUUCUACAACGAGUACAUGCAGCGCGUCUUCCAGUACCUGGGCGAGCAGGGCGUGCGGCCGCGGGACCUGCGCGCCAUCUACGAGGCCCUGCCCCUGUCGCCCGGCAUGAGCGACCUGCUGCAGUUUGUGGCCAAGCAGGGCUCCUGCUUCGAGGUCAUUCUCAUCUCGGAUGCCAACACCUUCGGCGUGGAGAGCGCGCUGCGCGCCGCCGGCCACCACGGCCUGUUCCGCCGCAUCCUCAGCAACCCGUCGGGGCCCGACGCGCGGGGGCUGCUGGCGCUGCGGCCCUUCCACACGCACAGCUGCGCGCGCUGCCCCGCCAACAUGUGCAAGCACAAGGUGCUCAGCGACUACCUGCGCGAGCGGGCCCACGACGGCGUGCACUUCGAGCGCCUCUUCUACGUGGGCGACGGCGCCAACGACUUCUGCCCCAUGGGGCUGCUGGCGGGCGGCGACGUGGCCUUCCCGCGCCGCGGCUACCCCAUGCACCGCCUGAUCCAAGAGGCGCAGAAGGCCGAGCCCAGCGCCUUCCGCGCCGGCGUGGUGCCCUGGGAGACGGCCACCGACGUGCGCCUCCACCUCCAACAGGUGCUGAAGACGUGCUGAGGACCGCGGCCUGCAGGGGGCGCCCGGGCGGAGAAGUGGGCGGGGUGGGGGCGGGGAGAUCGGGAAGUACAAAACCUAGUUUGCCUACUCCCUUUUCCCUUUCGCUUUGGUAUGUCCCUCCGGGAAUUUCGGGAACUCCGGGCUCGUCCACCUGGGGGCUGGGGGAGAGAGUUCGGAGCCGUCCCUAUCUAUGCAGUUAACCCGGCUCGGCCGCCCCCGCCCCGACCCAGUUCCUCUGCAAUGUUAAAUUCUGGAGUCUGGCCCCCACCGGGGUGGUGCGCAUGCCUGGAAGGCAGCAGUGUUUUCCAAAAAGACCUCGCCCUCCGAACGGAGAGGCAGGGGUUCCCUGGCGGGGUGUGGGAAAGGAACAUCUCCCACAGCUUUCACUGCUGCCUUGGGCCGCGAAACCUUCCCUCUCCCCCAGUCUUCUGUCAAGGGGACCCCGGUCCCGAAAUCCUCCCGGCCGCGCCGCAGUCCCGGCGGGGAGAGAGGAAGCCCUCUGCCGAGGGCCUCAGGCCUAGAUCUCGCUUCACCUAUUGCGUCCCCACACUACACCCUUUUUCCUUUUUGCCCCCCUUCCCGCGCCCGCCCUGCCAGCCUCCCCAAAGGGGGAAGAAAAAAAAAAAAAAAAAAGCCAGAGGGAACAGUCGCCUCCUGGUGGUGGAACGAGGUAGCGCACCGUCCGGCUCGGGUCCUUCCAGCCAGGGACUUCGCCGCGCGCGACGGUGUCUCCUCCUCUCACCCCAGCCUCGUCUAUGCAGCAAAAGACCAGGGACUUUACCAAAGUCGCCCCGCGGGCUGAGCCCUCUGCGCCCCCCUCCUCCCUUAUGGAACAGAAAGCCAUGAUGUUUUCAAGCAGAGCCAGCGAAAGCCAAGCCCUUCCUCCCUCUUUGGUGUUCUACCGCUAUAAAGGAGGUGACGGGCAAA